GAUCAACUUCGUAAACUCCAAGCUCUGCGCUCCGGGUGCGUCGUCCGUGUUCUUCAGCUGACGGAGGACUGUUCGCGUCUUGCUGACCAGUACAAGUCGUUUCUGACUCCAGAGUCCUUCGUGGGGUCUGCCGCUUUCCUUCGCAGGGUCUCAGCAGGUGGGCACGAGUUCAGCGAUAGUUACCACGCCGACAUAUGCAUGGCGUCGUCCUGCGCAACGCAACUUGACAGGGGAUCCUCUCUGCCCCCUCCCAACAUCAGAGCACGAGCCGCCAAGUCUGGUAGACCAAUCAGAUCACUUAGUCGAUCCUCAGACAUGUUAGCCAUCGAGGAGGCCUCACAGGAGCCUAGUUCCUCUGCUAUGGAAGAGCCAUCAAUAAUAGAAACAUGUGCAGCCUCUGUGGCCAAGGUAGUGUCGUCCGAAGACAACGGAGAACUCUCCAAUUCCGUGGCAGCUGAGAAGACUACAUCUGGUAUCUCGCGAAAACUGAUUAAGGUUCAUCGGCAUAGGAAGACUUUAAAACCCGGCCAAGAUCGCAAAACAAUGAAUUCACUUGUCAAGAAAAGAAAACAAAAGGAAGCGAGGACUGCGGCUGUGAGACCCUGCACCUCCGCUUUGUGUGUUCGGGAACGACGACGCCGGGAUGCCAGCGCUAGACGUCGACGCCCCCAGAAAUCAUCUUGGUCAACACGUUUCUCACUGGUUCAUGGAGGGCGGCAUGAUGCCAAGGUCAGUAGAUCUGGGGCAUGCAUGCAAACUCUUCACAAGCCUUCCCAAACCGAGGCCACCCCACCAGUCACUGCCCUGCAGCUCGUCUCGACUGGACAACAGACUGGAUCUUCAGCUCUGGCUGCAACUUUGGCUAGCUGGUGCAUGGAGUUACUGUCUCGCGGAAUUAUUUCGUUGCCUCCUCGUGGUACGCGGAGGCCACUGUUAUCUCUGCCAGCUGCCGAGAUACUAUCUGACCUGGAUUGUUCAGACCCCAGAACGUACAUCCACGAAGACGAUCCACUCUGUGUUGAUGUAGAUCACGUUGUGAUUGAAGAAGUCACCGACACUGUUGAAGACUACGUAAAUCCAAGUGUCUGUCAAGAAAAAGUACUGAGUGAACCGAUUCGGGAUCUAGAGGUGAUACCAUCCUCCAGCUUACCGGACCCAAUCAACCGUUGUGAGACUGUUUCUGUCUGCUUCGAAGAACCUUCAACAAAUGCUGCACACACAGGAGCCAGUGGAAUAGUAGACAACGAGUCGGACAGAUUGUCGUGGCCUCUCGGCGAUGUUUCUCCCACGGAAUCCUACUCAGUGUCUCAGGAGGCGUUGGAUGCUGGUAUCCUUAGUCCACCGGAGGACCUAAGUAGUACUUCGGAUAUUUUUAUGGCGAAACCAAACCCCGGAAUUCAGGCAAAUUUGAAACUGCAAAGACUUGCCGAAGGCCUUCUUGAGGAAGUACAAAACCUCCUUCCUGUCGAAGGGGAAGGCUCUGGCGCAUCAGAGCGAGUAAAAUGUGCCGACCUGGAAAGCCUUGAACAGUGCUUCAAGGAAUUCCAGUCAUCCGCCGCUGAACUGCGUGACCUGACGAAAUCCUUUAGCGAUCCCAACGACGAGGGAAGAAAAAAGACUGCAGCACAAUCAAUGCGGCUUGUUCAGUUGGAUUUGUCUCUCCUGCGUUGUGCAGAAGAGAUCGGACACUGGCUUCAUCUUCUCGACUUCUCAACGGCUCAUUCUCCGAACAAUCUGUCUUCCAAGUCCAUACAACUAUUCCGAAUUAUUGUCCUUUUAGGUAAUUAUGGUUUUUUUUCACAAAUCAUUCCUCCUAGUAUACUCCUCUUGAUUUUAACCUGCAAGUUUCCACAUCUUUCUCACAUUUCCUCCCUCCUUGCCGUCCCUCCCAGCCAACUCCGAGUCAUACACAAUAUCGCUCUUCCGAAUCCUGUAGAUAUUACAAAUGAGAGCGAAGGCUCCGCUACCAAGCAGACAAUUAUAUUAUUCUGA